CCGCGCUCUCCGGUAGGCUCCGGGCGGAGCGAGGGGGCGCGCCUCCCAAACAUCCUUCUGAGGACCGCGUGGAAACCUAAUUCGGCCUGGGCUCCCCCGAUGGGCCUGCCCUGCCCACAUAACUCACCUCUGCAGACCUCCUCUCCAAGAGAAUGCCCCUUGAUGAAUCUGCGCGCUUUGUCUGUAUGACUUUGACUUUCAAGAUCCUCUUCCUCCCAACCCUCCGCGCACUCGGGCGAAAAGAACUCUGCCUCUUCGGAGAACAACAUCGCUGGCCUGACAGAAGACAGUUCGGCCAUUGGUCAGAAACAGAGCUGUUUCAUGGGCACGGCCUCCUCCAGAGAAGAAAGGCCGUUCUGUCAUCCCAGAAAGGCGGUCUAAGACCACGUGCCACCCGCCUUGUUUUCUUGCCAGGGUCGCAUGUGGGACUCUGCAGUGGCCCCUGUGAGAUGGCCGAGCAACGGUUCUGUGUGGACUACGCCAAGCGUGGCACGGCCGGCUGCAAAAAGUGCAAGGAAAAGAUCGUGAAGGGCGUAUGCCGGAUCGGCAAAGUGGUGCCCAACCCCUUCUCAGAGUCCGGGGGCGAUAUGAAGGAGUGGUAUCACAUUAAAUGCAUGUUCGAGAAACUGGAGCGGGCCCGGGCCACCACAAAAAAAAUUGAGGACCUCACCGAGCUGGAAGGCUGGGAAGAGCUGGAAGAUAAUGAGAAGGAACAGAUAAGCCAGCACAUUGCAGAUUUGUCUUCCAAGGCAACAAGCACACCAAAGAAGAAAGCUGUUGUCCAGGCUAAGCUGACAGCCACUGGCCAGGUGACGUCUCCAGUGAAAGGUGCCUCAUUUGUCACCAAUACCAAUCCUCGGAAAUUUUCUGGUUUUGCAGCCAAGCCCAACAACUCUGGGGAAGCCCGCUCAAGCCCUACCCCUAAGUCAAGCCUGUCCUCAAGCAGAUGUGACCCCAAGCACAAGGAUUGUCUGCUACGUGAGUUUCGGAAGUUGUGUGCCAUGGUGGCUGAAAAUCCUAGCUACAACACGAAGACCCAGAUCAUACAGGACUUCCUUCGGAAAGGUUCAGCAGGAGAUGGUUUCCACGGUGACGUGUACCUAACAGUGAAGCUGCUGCUGCCAGGUGUUAUUAAGAGUGUUUACAACUUGAACGAUAAGCAGAUUGUGAAGCUUUUCAGCCGCAUUUUUAACUGCAACCCAGAUGAUAUGGCACGAGACCUAGAGCAGGGUGACGUGUCAGAGACGAUCAGAGUCUUCUUUGAGCAGAGCAAGUCUUUCCCUCCAGCUGCCAAGAGCCUCCUCACCAUCCAAGAGGUAGAUGCGUUCCUCCUCCGCCUCUCCAAGCUCACCAAGGAGGAUGAGCAACAGCAGGCCCUGCAGGACAUCGCGUCCAGGUGUACAGCCAACGACCUUAAGUGCAUCAUCAGAUUGAUCAAACAUGACCUGAAGAUGAACUCAGGUGCAAAACACGUGUUAGAUGCCCUUGACCCCAAUGCCUAUGAAGCCUUCAAAGCCUCACGCAACCUGCAGGACGUGGUGGAGCGAGUCCUCCGCAAUGAGCAGGAGGUGGAGAAGGAGCCAGGCCGGAGACGAGCUCUGAGUGUCCAGGCUUCACUGAUGACGCCAGUGCAGCCCAUGCUGGCCGAGGCCUGCAAGUCCAUCGAACAUGCGAUGAAGAAGUGUCCUAAUGGCAUGUUCUCUGAGAUCAAGUAUGACGGGGAGCGAGUCCAGGUGCAUAAGAACGGAGACCACUUCAGCUACUUCAGCCGCAGCCUCAAGCCCGUCCUGCCUCACAAGGUAGCCCACUUUAAGGACUAUAUCCCCCAGGCUUUCCCUGGGGGCCACAGCAUGAUCUUGGACUCUGAGGUGCUCCUGAUCGACACUAAGACAGGCAAACCGUUGCCCUUUGGGACUCUUGGGGUGCACAAGAAAGCUGCCUUCCAGGAUGCUAACGUCUGCCUGUUUGUUUUUGAUUGUAUCUACUUCAAUGACAUCAGCUUGAUGGACAGGCCUCUGUGUGAGCGGCGGAAGUUUCUUCAUGAUAACAUGGUUGAAAUUCCCAACCGGAUCAUGUUCUCAGAAAUGAAGCAAGUCACUAAAGCUUCGGACUUGGCCGACAUGAUAAACCGGGUCAUCCGAGAGGGGUUGGAAGGGCUGGUGCUGAAGGACGUGAAGGGUACAUAUGAGCCUGGAAAGCGGCACUGGCUGAAAGUCAAGAAAGACUAUUUGAAUGAGGGGGCCAUGGCUGACACAGCUGACCUGGUGGUCCUUGGGGCCUUCUAUGGGCAAGGGAGCAAAGGUGGCAUGAUGUCCAUCUUCCUCAUGGGCUGCUAUGACCCAGGCAGCCAGAAGUGGUGCACGGUCACCAAGUGUUCGGGAGGCCAUGAUGAUGCGACGCUUGCCCGCCUGCAGAAGGAACUGGACAUGGUGAAGAUCAGUAAGGAUCCCAGCAAGAUACCCAGCUGGCUGAAAAUCAACAAGAUCUACUACCCGGACUUCAUAGUUCCAGACCCAAAGAAAGCUGCCGUGUGGGAGAUCACAGGGGCCGAGUUCUCCAAAUCUGAGGCUCACACGGCCGACGGAAUCUCCAUCCGAUUCCCUCGUUGCACCCGGAUCCGUGAUGAUAAGGACUGGAAAUCUGCCACUGACCUCCCCAAACUCAAGGAACUGUACCAGCUGUCCAAGGAGAGGGCAGACUUCACUGUGGCAGCCGGAGACGAGGGGAGCUCCACUACCGGGGGUAGCAGCGGAGAGAACGAGGUUACCUCGCGGCCUGCCUCCAGGGCCUCCCUGAAGCAGCCCUCCACCAGUGCCAAGAAGGCAGGAGGGAGGCGGAGCAGCCCCGACAGCCGAGGUGGUAGCAAGCCCACAGCGAAGCCUCCCCCCGUGAGAGUGGGAGAGAAGCGGAAGGCUCCUGACGAGCCCCCGGGCCAAGCAAAGGUGCUGCUGGACAUCUUCACUGGGGUGCGGCUCUACCUGCCACCCUCCACGCCGGACUUCAGCCGUCUCAGACGCUACUUUGUGGCAUUCGAUGGGGACCUGGUGCAGGAAUUUGACAUGGCUUCGGCCACGCACGUGCUGGGGAGCAGGGACGAGAACCCUGAGGCCCAGCAGGUCUCCCCGGAGUGGAUCUGGGCGUGUAUCCGGAAACGGAGGCUGGUAGCUCCCUGCUAGGACCGCGGCCCUCCGUCUCCCUUGGCCGCACUCUUCUGCCUCCCCACAGGCCUGUGCUCCUGCUGGGCAGGCAGGCGGCCCCAGGAACCAGGGGAGGCGGGUGGCAUUUCUUCUCCAAGCGGUGCAUUUUCAGAACACGCCAGCCAUGCUUGGUCUCUUCCCGACCAGGAUGGACUUGCUGUGGGCACCCCUCCAGGGAAAUCACUUUCUCCUGCUGGUUUACAUAGAUCUUUCAGAUCUGGGUGCUGGUUUGGUUGUCUUUGUUUUCUUUCAAAAGCAGCUUCCCCACGCGCCCCCCCCCCCCAUAAGUAAAAUCUCUUGCAGUUAUCCCUGGCCUUGCCCCCCGUCCCCUGUAACUUCCCUAGCGAUUAAGGCUAUUGAAGGCCGUCCACAAAGCCACUUGCCCCUUUUACUUGCAGGCUCAUUUUAAAAGUUGUAUUUAAAAGAUUGCCUCCGGAAACGCUUCUUAUACUUGGCGGAACUUGUAUUCAACUUGGCCCUUUUUGCCAGGAAUGAAUCCUUAUUUGAAAGAAAACAAAAUGAAUUUUAUGACUUAAUUCUCUGUGUUCUCCUCUUCCAGGGUAUGGGUCCUGGUUUGAAGGGAGGGCACCAGGAUCAGGUAGGAAAAUGGGGCCUUUCUACAGAAGCGAGGUUGUGUGAGCUACUCCUCUGGGGGACAUAGGGCUCCAGGAGGAUCUGCCUCCUCCAAAUCUGGAAGCAAGACUGGUUUUGAAAGUCAGAAACCCACCCGAGGACAAAACCUACACAGCGUCCUUACCAAGAAAGGCUCCUGUGCCACUGAGGCUGGUUUCUUUGAAUAAAAGGAAAGCAAUUUAGUGUAGAGGAGUGCUGUUCAGUAGAACUGUCUCUGGCAAUGGAAAUACCCUGUAAAUCUUCACUAGCCAAAAUAGGCACACUUAGCUAUGGAGCUCUUGGAAUGUGGCUAACACAACUGAGGAACUGAAGUUUUCAUUUUAAUUCAACUUUAAAUGGUCCCAAGUGGCUAAUAACUACCACAUUGGACAGUGCAGGGAUGGGCCUGGUUCAGAUCCAAGCCGAGACUCCGAGGCUGUGACGUCUGAGCCUCGCUUCCUCCCAGAGGAGUGAGGAGAGGACUUGUGCCUGUGUCCUUAGGCUGCUGCAAAGAGUAAACAGAUCCAGGAUAACCUGUGUGAAGCACUCAGCACAGCGCCCAGUCCACAGUUUUCUGGAGCAGGGGCUGCACGCGUGCCCACUCCCUGCCUGGGACCUGGGAGAGGGCGCCCCAGCCCCUGACUUCCCAGCUCUGGUCACACCACUCCCACAGCCUCGGGUCUGUGUGUGCAGCUCACGCUCUGGGCUGGCGCAGGUUCAUCAGGCUGCCCUCUCCUUACAGACCAGCUUCCACGUUUUCCAUUCUGCAGACUCCAGAGAGUGAGUUUUUUUGUCUCACUAUCAACAGGUCGUCAGGCUUGUUUGUCCAUCUCCUGAGUUAAGUUCAUGAGCCUCAACCUCUGGAACAUGCUGGAGUGUCUGAGUCUCUAAGAUUGAGGACCACUGCCUCCCCCAGACCCCCUCCAGUGUGUUCAACUAAGGUGAUAUUCCGCUGGGAGGCUGCUUGCCAGUCGGCCUAGAGGCCAGCUCUAACCUCGUCUGGGUGUCUACCUGCUGGUUCAAGUGUGUUGGGAGGAAGGGACAGGAGGGGUUGGUACCACCCUGACUCUAGUCCAGCACACUGGUGUUUCUGAAUAGGCACCAUUCAGUCUCACAUCAGUAUUGAGAAUAAGACUCUCUUUAUUCUGUCCUUUGUGGAGACAAAAGCUGCUGCUCCUCUGAGCGCUGACCUACAUAAAUUUCCACCCCCUUCUCCAGCCUCCUCGGGCCAAGCAGCCAGACAGGGCAGCAGAACAAAGUGUGCCCCUUGGGAUUCUGCCAAAGGACACUGUCACUGCCCUUUGGCCCAGCUGACUUAGACCCAACCUACCUGCCCUUACCAGUCACUUAGAUUCCAGGUGUGCCCUCAUGGCAGAGGGGCCCCACCAGCCACAGGGGAUUAUCUUAGUAAUGAGCCUGGCCCUUUUUGGCCCUUCCCGGUCUUGCUGGGUGUUCUUUCAGUUCGCUGUUCAAGGUACUAUGUUUCCUUCUAGUCUCUCUCCUGCGUGUUUUUUUUCUGCCGCUGAGAUUAUACUGUCUACACAGCUUCGUAUUUCCCAGACCCUGGGCAACAACAUCUUACACCUCCCCAGCACAGUACUGGAGGCCUGCCCUCCUUGGAGACUGUUUACAUGCUGCUGGUUGGCAGCGUACAGGAGGUUGUCCUGGGUGCUCAGCAAGCCGGUCCCCCAGAAUAAGGAGGACAGCUGCAGCUCAGCCUCUGGCCUUUACAUCCACCAGGCAAGAUUGCUUCCUCGAGUCCCAGGGUAGAUGUGCAUGGAAUCUAGCUCUCCCCACACAGGCCUGUGUACACACAGCCAUUUGCCCACGAGGCUCAGUGACCUCUGAGCCAUAACUACUACAGCUGUAUCCAAAAACUACCUUCUGUCUCCCAGGGUCACCUGAAGUCUUGACUGGGCACACUGGCUGUCCUCAGAUUCCUUUCUGCCCACAUCUUCGAGGCCCAUCUCUAGGAGAUCAGUGUCAAGUGUCUGAACUCAGUUGGUGUUUCUUGCUAUUUAGUCUUAAGGCUGGUUCUUUUGCUACGCAGCUCCCGUCCUCUCGUAGGCUGUUCCGUGGUUUCUCCCAUACUCUAGCUGUGAGACCUCGAACAAGUCAAAACAGCACCAAACUUCAGUUUCCUCAUCUGUUGAACAGGAAUAUCAAUAAGGCCACAGUGGCCCAAGCAUCUCCACAAAUAAUGCAGUCUCUCAAGAGCAUGCCUAUGUGCACACAGCCUGGGAUUAGCCUGUGGUGUAUCAAUUCUCUUGUCAGUCUUAACUCUCAGACCUCUGGUGUUCUCCCACCAGAUGAGACAGGCUUCUAUAGUGAAAUUUUAUUACAAAAUUAUAAAGCAGAGCUCUGUAACAAAAAAUACACAUUUGGGUUUGCUUUAACACCCAAGUAAUUCUGAAGACUCUUAAUAUAAGCCACUUGAAGUAACACAUUCACGUCCCCAAGAUUUCAACCAAUUUAUACAAUAUAUAUUGUGCAUGAAUUCCUGUACAGCUUAUUCUUACUAGCUUGGAUCCAACUAUUCCAAUAUAUUAUGAACCAGUCAGCUCUCCUAAGUCUUGAAACAAGUCUCAAAUGAAAUCUCAGAAUAAUCACAGCAAAAGCCAUGGAAUAACUGGAAGAAUUAGAGGUUUUCAUGAUAAUUAAGACCCAAGGAUCCAUGAGGGGUGGGGGCGGGGGCAGGGGGCGGUGGUUACUCAGAAAAAUCAGGUUUUCUACCUAGAUUAGAUAGUAACUGAAAUGGGAUCUUGAAUUCCCAGCCUUUAUUUGGUAUGAUAAUGAUGGAUGACGACAAAUCGGGGUGGUUUGACACCAUUUUUCCUGAAUGAAAACCUUCGUCAAAAUAGAUCAAAA